AAUGCCUAUAGGCUUAUGGUGCUCUAGUGGAGCAUCAUUUUACCGGAGGAGUGUUCGGUUCGUCGGCGCGCCUUCCGACCUGAUUCUGCCUGAGUGCCUGAUCCGCUCGUCGGAAUCGCCUGUUCAGGGCAUCCGAAGCUGUGGCGACAGACGCUUCUUCUGCCAUUGCCGCUCACGACAGGACACACCCAUCAAUAUCAGAUCGCUUCACAUCAACAGUCUUGAUAGCGAAGGUGGCGGUAAGCGCUCACAGUCUCUCCUAUAUACAUGUCAACGAAACCGAUUAGAUGAUGAUUGCUACCACAUCUUUUUAAACUCCUCCGAUUGCUCCUUUCAUUCCCAAUAUGCAAUCGGCACUGUUUUCAAGACGCCUUACCACAAGCCUCACUCGUUCAUGUCUCUCUCGGCCAAGUUAUGGUGGACGAUGUGCCGCUACGGCGGCGCCUGUACAGAAGAAGGAGGGUGACAUCUCCGACGCCUUCGCCAGCCUGUCUGGCAUGCAGUUCACUCCACUCGAGCCUCGCUUCGCCGAUCUGAAAAGGCGCCUCGUUACAGGCAACGAGGAGGCACUGUAUCGAUCUUGGAGUCGGCUUCUGGCGUCUCUGCGUGAGGAGAUACCUCUUAUCGCUGAGCUGGGCUCGAAGGUAGUGCCGGAGAUUGACUUCAGCGAAAUCAACAAUGCCAGCGCCGAGUUCCGUGCGGAGCACAAGAAGCGAGGCGUCGCAGUGAUCAGGAACGUUGUCCCUCAGCAAGAAGCACUGGAGCUCAAGCGGGAGCUGAGGGAGUACUUAGCUGCCAACCCACAUACUAGAGCCUUCCCGAAGGACAACCCGCAGGUCUACGAGCUUUACUGGAGUCCAAGUCAGGUCAAAGCACGGAGUCAUCCGAAUUUAAUCAAGGCGCAACGCUUUCUUAUGGAGUUCUGGCAUUCCAAAGAUCCAAAUGCGCUGAUUUCGUCCAGUCAUCCAUUGAUCUACGCAGACAGACUAAGGAUGCGGCUCCCGGGCGACGCGAAGUUCGCUCUUGGCCCACAUGUCGAUGGCGGAUCUUGCGAACGGUGGGAAGAGGAAGGUUAUGGCCGUGGCAGGGUUUACGACGCCAUCUGGCAGGGACGGUGGGAGGAUUACGAUCCUUGGGAGUCAAGCUGCAGAUUGCCGGUUAUCUCAGAUUUGUACCAAGGUGUCGGUGCAUGUUCGAUGUUCCGGAUGUCUCAAGGCUGGCUGUCGAUGUCAGAGACUGGUCCGUACGAGGGCACGUUGCUGGUUAAUCCGUUGUUGAGCAGAGCGACAGCAUACUUUCUCCUGCGACCGUUCUUCUCCCCGAAGAAAGCAGCUGCAGACCCAACGGCAGGAACGUACGAGGAAGCGUUUCUAGCGCCGAACAACUGGCAGCUUGAGACCGAACCGUCUUCAUGGCUACAGGGUGCGACACCGGGUCAUGGCCAGGAACUUCGCGCCGUGCUGCAUCCGCACCUCAACCUACCAUCAUCCAUGGUGCACGUGCCGAAAGUGCAACCCGGCGACUACGUGAGCUGGCACUGUGACACGAUUCACGCAGUUGACAAUGUUCAUGCUGGCAAGUCUGACAGCAGCGUCAUGUACAUCCCAGCAUGUCCGCUCACGCCUUCAAAUGCGGAGUUUGUUGUUCGACAGCGUGAGGCGUUCCUGAAUGGAUGGCCAUGUCCGGACUUUGGUGGUGGCAUUGGGGAGUCUGAGCAUGUUGGUAGGCCUGGCGUAGAGGAUGUCGAGAGGAUUGAUGCAGAGGACGGCAUGCGUGCGUUCGGACUGAAGCCAUUCGAUAGUGAUGAAGCCGGCUUGACAAGUGGACAGAGCGAGGUCAUGAACAGGGCGAACAAAAUCCUAGGCUUCUAUGACUGAUUGUUCUGCACCGCAGACGAGAGCCUGGGUGCGAGCAUCGAUUGAGUUUGCUAACAUUGAGCGUAUUUCAUGAUCGAAGCUCCUGCGAUGCAACUUCUGGACCUGUCGACUGAACACAUGCACGUCGAAAGGCCUCAGUGUGUCGAUCAUAAAGUUUGGCAAAGGCCCGCAGUUGCAGGAGGGGGACAGCCGU